AAAGGCCUGAAAAUAAUGUGGUCAACGAUUUGCUGUUUUACUUUUCAAUCCUCUUCAAAACCCUUUUCCUUCCCAAAAACCCCCUCUCACUACAGAACGAAUCGCUGCUCAUUUUGCUCACUCACUCCCUCCAUUCCCCAUUCCCAUCAUCCAAUCCAUUCACUCUUUCAAACUUUCUUUGACCUUCAUUUUACUCUUUCUUACUCUAGGGUUUCUUUUUCACCUCCAUUUUCUUCAUCUAUUUUCCCUUUCUUCAUCGCUCGAUUUCAUCUUUUUUUCGCUUUAGGGUUUUCAGUAGAGCGGGAGGAGUUUGGAGCACCGAUUCGUGAAUGGAGUCCUCGGCAGCGGCUGGUGUCGCCGCCGCACGCGGCGUUUCUCUUCCUGUCUCCUCCUCGUCGGCUCAGGCUUCUCGCAAAGAGUGGCGUGCUGUCUCCGAGCAAUCGCUUCGAAAUUCCAGUAGCGAGGAAAUGGACCGUUCUAGAUUAGGUCAAUCUGAUGAGAGACUGAUAUACGAGGUAACAGUUUUAAAUAAACAUAAGACAUUUCCGAUA